AUGGAUGAAAAGUCAUCAAAGUGGAGUGUCACGGAAGAAGUGGCAGUUGCUGUGCAAAGCGACUCGACAUUAGGUCACUCCUGUUUACCACACUGCGAUACGUGCGGUCAUGGCGGUGUAAAUCAACUCGGUGGUGUUUUUGUCAAUGGACGACCUCUGCCAGAUGUAGUUCGUCAGAGGAUCGUCGAGCUAGCUCACAGUGGGGUCCGACCAUGCGACAUUUCAAGACAACUCAGGGUUUCUCAUGGCUGUGUAUCUAAAAUAUUAUCUAGGUAUUACGAAACUGGAAGUUUUAAGGCCGGCGUCAUUGGCGGCUCGAAGCCCAAAGUAGCGACGCCGCCGGUCGUCGACGCAAUAGCAAACUACAAAAGAGACAACCCCACGAUGUUCGCUUGGGAAAUACGCGAUCGACUGCUCGCCGAAGGCAUAUGUUCUCAAGAUAAUGUACCAUCCGUAUCUUCCAUUAAUCGAAUCGUGCGGAACAAGGCCGCGGAGAAGGCCAAACACGCGCAUCACCAGCAGCAACAGCAGCAACAGAAUCAACAGCAACAACCCCAAGGCUCGUCUCAACAGCAACAGCAACAGCAAACGGGCGGCGGUUCGGUCUCGGUAAUAGCCCACGCACCGGCUACCCAGUCCAGUGGCAACGGCAACGGCGGAGCCACGGCGCCCAACGCCUACAGCAUCAGCGGCAUCCUCGGCAUACCGGCGCACCAUCACCAGCAGGCCGACCCCAACGGCAACAGCAUCAAAAGGAAGCGGCCCGACGACGACGAGGCGCAGGACCUGUGCGAGCACUCGGACGACGACUUGAAGCGACAGAGAAGCAGUUACAACGGCGAUCAGCUAUAUCCAAAUCUGUGGUCGAGCGGGAAAUGGAGCAUCAAGGACGAGCACAAGCUGCUCCACGAGCUCGGCGACGCGGCCGGCAACGGCGGCUCUGGGGGCAACGGCACCGGCAACGGACCCGGCAACAAUAAUCAACAGCAGCAGCAGCAGCAGCAACAACAGAACAACAAUCAACAGCAGGGCACGACGGUGUAUUACGAGCACGGCGGCUUCGGCACGGCGACGCCCGGCGGUCAGGUCAGCGCCUCGGAGCUGUACGACUCGCUGGGACCGAUCGCCGCGGGCAUGACCCAGUCGCAGACGUCGCAUCUCUACACGCCGCCCAUCGCCGCUACCCUGGGUGGUACUUUGACGCCCUUAACACCAUUGACAAUGCAAGAACUAAAAUUGAGCCAGGCAAUGGAUGGAGCUAAUAUGUCUCCUUAUCACACAGGCGAGAGCGGCAACGUGCCAGGUUCUUACGUGAGCGUGGGCCCGGGCGGCGAUCAGAGCCCGCCCGUCAGCAUGCAGAGCGACAGUCCGGCCGGAGGUGGCGGUGGAAGUACCGGUGCCGGUGGUGGUAACAGCGCCACGAGUUUGACGCAGCAGCAGCAGAACGUGGUCGAGCCGGGCCUGACGCUGCUCCAGCCGCCGGUGAGCCAGGGGCCGGCCCAGGGCGCCGCGGCGAUUCCGCCCUACUCGAGCAUGCUGCCGAGUUUCGGACACUACGCCAGUGGCGCCAGCGACUACGCCUACAGCGCCGCCUACUCGCAGUACUCGGGCGCGACCUACGGUGGCUACGGUUAUGGGGCAGCGACUAGCGGGUUGCUCAAUUCGAGCUAUUACUACAACGCAGCGGCGGCGGCAGCGCAACUGCAGCACAGAUUGAGCAGCAGCAGCAACACAGCAGCCAUGGAGCAGCAGAGCGACGUCGCGAGCCGCUCGCCACUGGCGGCCACCCGUGCCAGCAGCGGUGCCAGCGCGGCCUCGCCCACGGGCAGCGCCUGCACUAAGCCUCAACAGCAGCACACUCCGACGGAACUGUACCUCGCCUGAGCCCAAGAAAAUUCGUCACGUGUCAAAUGGGCUGCUGGUGCAGAUUUACAGAUAGAUAGAUAGAUAGAUAGAGAGAUGGCUGCAGCGGCACGCACACACACUGAACAAAAAAAACUCGUACUGAUCUCGAUUUUAUUACGUUAUCUUAUCCUCCAAACUCCGACUAGUUUUUAUUUUUAUUAUUAUAAUUAUUUUUUUCUAUAAACUCAAUACCAUGCGAGCAUUCGAAUACGCGCACACACACGGCGACGACGUUAAUUAGUUCAUUUAGAUAGGUCAAUUUCUUUUUAUGUAUACACAAAUCGAAUGACACCGAAUCGUCCAAAGCUUUUUUUAUGUGUACUUUGUUUUACUUUUACUUUGUGUCAUUCGAUGAAGAACGAUAAACUGAGAUAGAUACCGAAGCUGUACGUUGUAAAAAGGUAUAAAGACGAGGAAAUCGUAUAUAAUACCGUUUUAUCGUCGGACUGGAGCAGCGAAGGCAUUUACAAAUGUUUCUUAUUAUUCAAACGAGUGAAUUUUUAGUGCAAGAGAUUGGUUGACAUUGCAACGAAACGACUGCUUGAAUUCGAAUUCGUAAAUCAAUUAUCAAUAUUAUCAACUUUUCCUAUUCGUCGCUCCAGUCCGUGAGCUAUAUCGACCUUGCUUCGCGUAUUUUUAUCUCAAUUUUGUAUCGUGUGCUCGCAUCGAUUGACGAUAUACGUAUACCGAACAAAGAUUCUUUAGCUUCGUCUUCCUUUUGGACAUCGCGACACGUAAUUAAUUUCUUUUCGCAAAAAAUUAUCGCAGUCGAUCAUUAUUCGUCCCCUGCUGGCAAGUAUAUUGCGCCUCUCUCGCCAACGCGACGUCGUACAAAAAGCAUGCACUGAUUGUUCUCGUGACCCUUGGUCUGUCUCUCUCUCACUUGGCUAACACAGACGAAAUGAAACAGAUUCCCAUGACAGCAAGUGGGACACACGCACACACGUAUAGGUAUUUAGCCCCAGCCUCCUCUUCUUUCUCGAAACUACCCGUCGUCGUCGUAGAGAGCUAUUUCGAGCGCAUUUGAGAAAUCACAGUGUGCACGCGCAAAUCCGAGGGAAAUCUCCCGAGACAGAGACAGAGAGAGGGUCAUUACUCAUUAAAGCGCGAGCGAUAGCGCAAAAGUCGAGUAAAAUUAAGAAUUCGAGAAAAUAGUCGUAUGCAGCUAUAUAACCAAUUAGAAGUUUGCGAAAACCUUGACUUUAUCUGAGGCACAUAUCUGUAUCGAUUACUCACGUAAUACGCACGCGGGGAGAGCGCAAUAUACAUGCUCUGCAUGCAGGGUAUUGCAUUCGAAAAAUGACAAGUAGCGCUCGUACGAUUUCAAAACUUGCAUACAUAUUUUAAAAGUGGAUUACCAAGUAAUCUGAAAAUAAAUAUUAAAAAAAGAAAAGAAAGGAAAAGGAGCAGAGCUAAAGGGCCCUCGUAUAUAUUUUAAGUGGGAUACAAAGUAACCUGAAAAUAAAUUAUAGGAAGGAGCCGUGUCGAAUACACUUCCACUGCGACUCGCGACACGAGUGUUCGCGCGCGCGGCAAACACGAUCGCGAGCGAUAAGAAAGAAAAUAUUAUACUGUAAAUAAAUGAAUUUUUUUUUUAUCGACGGGUUCAUUCGAGCCCAAUUAAGACUUUCUAAGCGCGGCUGGGAGAAGAUAAAGAAAAAUAAUACAGAAUCACACGACCUUGUAUAACUUGUUAAGGAUAUUAUAUUUUUUGUAGGAAAAAACCAAAGACCACAUCAAUGUGACAAAAAUCUUACGAAGAAAAAAUAUUAUACAUGUAUAAAUUAGAAGCGAGGAUACAA